AUGAUAAGUACGUUAUUCCUUGGCCGCGCUUACGAUCUUCCUUUGGUGCAGCCGCUUACUCGCCUGCUCUUGGACAGAUUUAUUGGCCUCGCACUGGCUGUGCUGGCUUCGUUGGCCAUUGGUUCGAGCUAUGUCAUCACCAAGAAGGGCCUUGUACAAGCGGCGGAGAAAUAUGGCUUCAGUGGAGAAGGAUUUGAAUAUCUGCGAAGUCCGCUAUGGUGGUGUGGGAUGACCAUCCUGAUAUCGGGAGAGCUUAUGAACACAGCCGCGUACGCUUUUGCUCCAGCAGUGCUGGUCACUCCGCUCGGGGCGCUCAGCGUACUCAUCAGCGCCUUGAUGGGCGCAUACUUUCUCAACGAGAAUAUACAAGUGCUUGGCAAGCUCGGAGCCGCCAUCUGCCUUUUGGGAUCGGUAUUACUUGUCCUCCAUGCGCCGGGCGACAGGGACAUCCAGACCAUUGAGGAGAUCCUGCACCUCGCCAUUCAACCAGGCUUCCUCAUCUACUGCACCCUCGUCACCGUUUUCUCCAGCUACAUGAUCUACAAAGUCGCCCCGCGACUAGGCCGAACGAACCCGCUCGUCUAUCUAUCGAUCUGCUCCACCGUGGGAUCCAUCUCCGUGAUGUCUGUCAAAGCCUUCGGAAUCGCCAUCAAGCUCACCUUCGCCGGCGACAACCAGUUCACCCACGCGUCCACAUACGUCUUCUCCCUGGUCCUGGUAGUCACCACACUAACUCAGAUGAACUACCUGAACAAAGCAAUGGGCGAAUUCCCCGCGUCGCUAGUAAACGCAAUGUACUACGUCGGCUUCACAACCUGCACCCUCACCGCCUCCGUCAUCUUCUACCAGGGCCUGAACACCAGCGACUGGACCAACAUCACCUCCAUGAUGUGCGGCUUUCUACUCAACUUCAUCGGAAUCUCCCUCCUGACCUUAUCCAAAACAGGGCAGGAGGGCCGUCCGGAGUCCGUCCGUGCCCUGAGCAUGCGGUCGCUUGACUUGUCUCAUGGCCGGUACGAUCAUGUGCGAUCCAGCAGCGUGGAUGUUCCCAGCGCCCUGGAGAGGAGGUCGUCUGGCCUGGAUGCUGCGGAGCGGCAAUAG